AUGAAUACAAGUAUUGCUCGAACCAUUAAUCAAACACCAUUUGAAGUUGUUUUUGGGCAACAGCCAAGGAUGGACGAUCAUGUUUGGAAAUGCAUAAAAUCUCAUUUGAAAGACAGACAACAUGACGAACCAAACCAUAACAUACUUGAAGAAGAUUUACCAGCUGAUAUAUUCGACAUGAUAAAACAAGUAGAUGAUAUUGAAGGUCCACCAAUUGAUACUAUUGAAGGUCCACCAGUUGAUGCUAUUGAAGGUCCACCAGCUGAUCGACAAACCAUCAAUUCGAAUGAAGAACCUAUUUGUACCAAUGUAACAGCGGCAGUCAAUACAAAUGAUCAACAAACACAAAGAGAAGAAGAAAAAGAUUCAGGUUUCACCAUCGAUCAUGAAGAACUUAUUGAUGCAACCACAUUCAUAGUCAAUGUUGUUGAAUCAAAACCUGAAUCAAUUGCUGUCAAUCGUCACAGACGAAUUCGUGAAAAUGCUGAAGAAUGUUAUUUAAACAAUGCUCAUUCACAACUUACCAAAUAUAACACUAAGUCAUCUAAACGCCAACGAGUCUAUCAACUUGGUGAUAUUGUGGGAUUGAAAGUAUCUGAUGUCGAUCGCACCAAUACUUCUUCAACGAUACUUCCAUGUAAAAUAGUUGAUUUAAAAGAUUAUGAUGGCGAAAUUUUGUACAAUGUUGCAACCAUCAACGGUAUUAUAGAACAAAGUUUUCAAUCAACAGCUUUUCUUGAUCUUACAACAUCCAAUUUUAUGGCAUUAAGAAAUCUCAAUACGGAUUCAUUAUCAUCUAUUACCUUCAUACACGCAUGUCAACUUUACACUAAUUUCAAAUCUGCUGGUACAUGUAAAUGUAAUGGUGAUUGUAGUACAAACCGAUGCCAAUGCAAGAAAAAAAAUCAAAAAUGUUGUUCUAAAUGUCAUGCUGGUACUGAUUCAAAAUGUACCAACUGCUAG